AUGAAGGGAAUGUUGCAAACGGUUAAACGAAAGCUGAGCAACAACGGAGAGCACAUCGGUGCCCAUUCGCCCGAUCGAAUGGACAUCGAUGGAGUUCCCAAGGGCACAAAUGGAGUUGGCGUUGUCUCGCCUGUAGGGGAUGUCGCACGUUCGGACGUGUCGCUACCUAAAAGAGAGCGUCGUCGCUCUGUCAUGGCGCGCAACCAAAAGAUUCAGGCACUUAAAGACCUGCCACAUCUUAAAGAUACGUCUUUGCAGCGACGAGAGGCGCUGUUCCAACAAAAACUCGAGCUCUGCUCUGUCAUUUUUAAUUUUGACGACCCGACGUCGGACAAACGGAGCAAAGAUCUUAAACGCCAAACGCUGCUGGAACUUGUAGAUUACGUUAACAACCCCGGUGGUCAAAAGAUUUUUACAGAAACGCUCAUGCCAGAUAUCAUGGCCAUGGUUUCGGUUAAUAUCUGUCGUGCAUUACCUCCACAAACAGAAGAUUUUGAUCCAGAAGAAGACGAACCCGUGCUUGAAGCUUCGUGGCCACAUCUUCAAGUGGUAUAUGAGUUUUUCCUGCGCUUCAUUGUGUCGGGCGAAGUGAAUGCUAAGGUUGCCAAAAAGUACGUGGAUCAAAAGUUUUGCUUGGCUGUCAUCGACCUUUUUGAUAGCGAGGACCCACGUGAACGAGAUUACCUCAAGACAAUCUUACAUCGCAUAUAUGGCAAGUUUAUGUCGCACCGAUCAUUCAUUCGCAAAGCCAUCAGCAAUGUUUUCUAUCGAUUUGUAUACGAGACGGAGAGGCACAAUGGCAUUGGUGAACUAUUGGAGAUUCUUGGAAGUAUCAUAAAUGGUUUUGCUAUGCCACUGAAAGCAGAACAUCUGCAGUUUUUGAUCCGUGCACUAGUUCCAUUGCACAAACCCAAAUGUGUGUCUAUGUACCACCAGCAACUCUCGUACUGUAUCACGCAAUAUGUUGAAAAGGAUCCUGAGACUGCUGUGCCAAUUAUCAAAGGCAUUAUCAAGUUUUGGCCAUGGUCAUGCUCGUCAAAGCAGGUGAUAUUUCUGAAUGAAUUGGAAGAAAUUCUUGAACUAAUGGGCACGGAACAAUUGCAACAAGUACACAAGCCACUUUUUAAUGGCUUGGCCAAGUGGCUAGGCAGUCAGCACUUCCAAGUUUCAGAACGGUCGCUAUUUCUAUGGAACAAUGAACAUUUGGUGAACAAUGGAUGCUUGAGUAAACAACAUGCGCAUUUAAUUUUGCGUGUUAUUUACGGUCCGCUGCAUAGAAACUCUCUGGGACAUUGGAAUACGACUGUCGAAGGACUCGCUCAGAAUGUGUUGAAGCUGUACAUGGAUUACGACAUGGCUCUUUACGACCAGUGUGCCAAAGAGUACUCGCUGAAAGAACAAACCAUGGCUGAUAUGAAGAACAAAGAACAGGAAAAGUGGCGGAAAAUAGAGUUGAUGGCAGCGUCUAAGACUCCAUCGUCGACAGCGUAG